GUUGAGCCUUCUGAUACUAUAGAAAAUGUAAAAGCUAAGAUCCAGGAUAAGGAGGGCAUUCCUCCUGAUCAGCAGCGACUGAUUUUUGCUGGUAAGCAGCUCGAAGAUGGACGCACACUGUCUGACUACAACAUUCAGAAGGAAUCAACUCUUCACCUUGUGCUAAGACUUCGUGGUGGUGCCAAGAAAAGAAAGAAGAAGUCUUACACUACCCCCAAGAAGAACAAGCAUAAGAGAAAGAAGGUUAAGCUUGCAGUGCUUAAGUACUACAAGGUGGAUGAGAAUGGCAAGAUCAGUCGUCUGCGCCGUGAGUGCCCCUCUGAGGAGUGUGGAGCUGGAGUCUUCAUGGCCAGUCACUUCGACAGACACUAUUGUGGCAAGUGCUGUCUGACAUACUGCUUCAAUAAACCAGAAGACAAGUAAAUGUACUAGACAAUAAAAGUCUAAGCUUCUGU